CAUCACUUAAAUGCCAACACAUUUAAUCAAGAGCGAAAGAAAAACACAGUAACUUAGUAUAAGAACCAAGUGUGGCUAAAGGCAAAGUUGGAGAGUAAUCAUGUAUACUAUGAAAAAGGGAAAAGACAUGGCGAAAGAGGAGCAAGAAACAGCGGCAAUAGAGCCACUUAGCCCGGUUUCACAGUUGUUUGUUUCGCCGAGUCUCUACUGCUUCAUUAUUUUCACUUUAGGGUUCCAAACUAGAUGCAACCCAUCCACCAUUGUUGAAGGUGUCAAGAACACAUGGAUCAAGCUCCCUCGCUUCUCUAGCAAAGUGGUAAAGCUUAUAUAUUUCCAAUUGCUUUGAUUGUUACAUGUAAGAACGUUAAACGUACAAGAGAAUCUUAAGAAUAUCAUAACUAUGAUAAAAAAAAAAUAGACUUGAAUAUACCUACCUAAUACAAUAUUUCCUUAAUAAUUCUCUUACUUUUGAUGGUGAUUGUUUUUUUUAAUUUUUCUGUCAACAUUAUACAUUAUAUACCAGUUUUAAAUUUGAAUUUUCUUUAGCUAUAUAACAAUUUCUUUUAUCACGAUUCAUAAAUUAAUGUUCCAGGAGAUAAAGAAAAAUGGAAAAGCGUCUUGGGUUCCUGUUAGUGUUCGAGUAGAAGAUCAUGUUGUUGUUCCAGAUCUUGAUUAUUCCAACAUUGAAAAUCCUGAUCAAUUUAUAGAAGACUAUACUUCGAAAUUAGCUAAUACUCCGAUGGACAUGUCCCGACCUUUAUGGGAACUUCAUUUACUUAAUAUAAAGACAUCAAAUGCAGAAUCUUUAGCUAUAGGAAAAUUUCAUCAUUCUCUUGGCGAUGGGAUGUCUCUUAUAUCUCUUCUAUUAGCUAGUUCACGGAAAACAUCAGAUCCUGACGCUUUGCCUACUACCGCGGCUACAAGAAAGCAUGCCAGUUCCAAUAAAAAGAGUUGGUGGUUGGUUGGAAGAUUUUGGUUUAUGAUAAGAAUCAUUUUCACUACUGUUGUUGAAUUGUUUAAGUAUUUGCUUACACUAUGUUUUAUGCGGGACACUAAAACUCCCCUAAUGGGUAAAACGGGUGAUGCAAUACGAUCUAGAAAGGUUAUACAUCGGAUAGUAAGCUUUGAUGAUGUCAAGUUGGUGAAGAACAACAUGGAUAUGAAAGUGAAUGAUGUUCUUCUUGGAAUGACACAGGCAGGUCUCUCAAGAUAUUUGAGCAGGAAAUAUGAUGAAGAUAUGGUGGUCGAGAAGAAAAAAAACUUGGAGAAAAUCCGUCUUCGUGGUACAGUAUUCGUAAAUUUAAGAGCAGACACAAAACUCGAGGAUUUGGCGAAUAUGAUGGCAAAAGGUUCAAAGUGUAGAUGGGGAAACUUCGUAGGUGUUAUUAUAUUUCCUUUAUGGGUGAGAUCCGAAGAUGAUCCGUUGGAAUACGUUCGACGAGCCAAAUCUACUAUGGAUAUCAAAAAACUGUCCAUAGAAUCACUUAUUUGCUAUGGACUCAUCAAACUUACCAGAAAAAUACUCGGGGGAAAGGUAGUAGAAACUCUUGUUAGGAGACUAUUUGAUCAUACGACAUUGACAUUUUCUAAUGUGAUGGGUCCAGACGAAGAUAUAAGUUUUUUUGACCAUCCAAUGUCUUACGUAGCAGCAAGCGCAUUAGGUGGACCACAAGUAAGUAUAGCUAAUCAUGUCAUACUUGUAUAUCAACUAUUUUUUGUAGAAAUCACUAAAAACUGUGGUGAAAUCAAGUAACAUGUUGUUUAUGUUUGUUGUUGAACAAGGCUCUUAUUAUCCAUUACGUAACCUAUGUAAACAAGAUUGUCAUCAAUCUAGCAGUAGACACAUCAGUGAUUCGAGACCCUCAUCUACUAUGUGAUGAUUUGGUAGAAUCGCUCGAUAUCAUCAAACUUGCUGCCAUGGAGAAAGGAGUUCAUAAAAUGGAGGUUUGAGAUAUGUAACACCAGAUAUAAAAAUGAAGUUGUAUGUUUUUUUCUUCUAAUUAAGUGAAGUUGUAUAUGUUCGGAAGAUAUAUCUAUUUUUUAAAAUGUAGUAAUGUGUAAUGGUAUCUCUAUAAUUGUUUACAAAUUUAAAGUUAUUUUACAGUUAUUUUAAACACCAAAA